CCCGGCCACACCGCCGCCAGGUCCCUGCCCGCUGCCCGCCGCUCCCGCUCCGGCUCGGCCUGCUCACUGCCGCAAAACACACACCGGCAACCUGUGGGCACGAUUAAAAUUAUCACACCGAGUUUUUGUCGUGGACGAGCUGCCGUGCUGGAGGAUGGCUGUGAGAGAUAUAGAAAUGAAACUUUGGCGGUUAUAAGUAUUAUAGAGCCUGCCGACCAGCCAGCAUUUAUAACAUAUUAAGUAACAUCUAAUAACACGUGCAGCGUACGCGUGAGGUUCGCGAUGUUUGUCCGCGGGUUGUCGGUGGCUGCACUGGGCGCAGGCGGUGAAUGGGGCAGCCUGGUCAGCUCGGGUCCUGAGGCGGCGGGAAGAUGGCGGCGCCCAGCGCGGAGCCGAGCUGCCAGGACUUUUCGGAGUUUCAGGAAGUAUUGCGGGUGAUGCGACAAAUUGAUGAUAGGAUAAUCCAUGAAUUAAAUACUAGUCUCCCUACAGCAUCCUUUGCUGGGAAGAUUGAUGCAAGCGCAAGAUGCAAAGAGCUUUACCAUUCACUAAAGGAAGCUCAUGCUAGUAGGGAAAAAGCCAUAAAGACCUGCAUAAACCAGUCCUCCAGUAUGGUGAACAAAUUACGAGAAGAGAGAAAUAAAGACAAGGAUAAUUUAACACUAAUAAAACGACUUCGAAAAGAACAAACUAAUUUGAAACUAAUGCAGUCUGAACUAAAUGUUGAAGAGGUUAUCAAUGACAGAAGUUGGAAGGUCUUCAAGGAUCGCUGCAGAAUUCAUUACAAGCCUUCAAACAACCUGUGAACCUGAAACAUUGAAGACAGGCCAGACUCUGCCUACCCAUCACUUGAAAGGAAUGAAUCAAAUGGAAGUUAUUCAGGUUAAAGCGCAGUGGACCAUUACAGGGACCGAUUAUAGGUAUAAGCCGAGAGUUGUUGUUAUGGGCCUUUUAUCAUUGGGAGAAAAUUGUAGUUCCAGUAAUCACUUAAAACAGCCUGUAAAAUUGGUUUUCGCCAAUUUAUUAUGCUGCAAGCUUUUCAAAAACAAUUCAUUUUGGAUAUUGUAAGAAAUGUUUCUUUUUUUAAAGAAGUUGCAUAAUGGAACAGUCCUGUUGUUGCCAAGGAAUAUACCUGGAAAGGUCUCUGUUUUUAUUACAUUUACUCAGUUGUUUUUCCCUUUGUCCUGUGCACAAUUACUGGACAAUACUGGCGGCACUACAAUUUUUCAAGUUUAUAAUCAGAGCUUAAAUUUGUUAAAAAAUUCUAUUUCAUAAAAUUGUAGAUUUUGAUUUUAAUUAAGUGCUGCCUUUGACUCUGAUUCUCAAUAAUACCAUUUGAAUUUACUGUGCCAUCAUUUAUAACCAUCUUAAUAACUUGAAGUGCAAAUAUUGAUUCAUCUUCCAAUCAACUUAGUGGCAUUUAGUUAGGUAAGUGUACGGAAUAAAAUCAUGAAAAUGUAGCUAGGUGAUUUGUAACAAAUUUCUGAAGCCUGAAUUGAGACAUUAGACUUUGACAGACCAUUUACACCUGUGUCAUUCAGACAUGGAAUUAAGUCUGGACAACUGUAAAUACAUUUUAACUAAUAAUGUUUGUUAAAUUAGAUUCCUUUGCUCAGGCUAGUCUCCCUUCUUGAAACAGAAUUACAGUUUGAUGUCUUGUACAUUCUGUAUCUAUUUUCAUUAAAAAAAAUUCAAAAUGGUUUAAUGUAAAAAAAAAUGCAAUCCUCAAAGUUACUUACCUUUUCCAUGCAAGAUGAAGCAGGAGGAGAGGGUCUGUCACCAACUUCCCUUCUACCAUUGUUUAGCUUUCUUGCAAGCACGAUGGGAGGUGUAUUUAGAUGUUGACAAGGUGUCAGGAUUUCUUCAAUUACCAAGGCAGCAUCAUGUUCAAUAACCCCAUGUAUUAUUUAUUUGGCCUUUCAGUUAUUCCUGGCUUCUAUCUUUUACCUCUAGUGUCCAUGAUUAUGACAUGCUUAAUUAUUUGUGUGCUAUAUUUGUAUUGUCUUUCUCCAUUAAAGGGAAACACAACCUGGAGGUGGGGAUAAAAUAAUUCUUUCCAUUUAUUUUUCUGCACACUUGUAUCCAAGUUACCCAGGAGCUGCUUCCUACAAGUACUGCCUUGUGGAAUAAUCAUGUGCAGGUAAUGAGAUAUGAAAAAUAAUUAUAGAUGUUCUGGGUAAAGUGGCAUUGAUACUACCUGUAUCUCAGUGUUCAUCUGUAAAAAGAUUCUACUGGAACCCAAAUGUAAAGAAUUCCAUAUCUUUAUAAAACUUGAACAAUACAUUUUAGAUUUAAAAGGUCUUUGUCUAUUCAUGUGUUGAAAGGUUGCCAUUCAGUUAUGUGCAACCUGAAGUUUUGUUCUUGAGGAAACCACUGAAACAAUACUUUCUAAAGAGUAUGCCAUAUUAAAAUCCACUGGUGCUUUUAAGCUUGUGCAAGUAUGUUUACAGUGUGAAAUGUAUCAUUCCACACCACCACCCCCCCCCCCCCCCAAAAAAAAAAAGAGCUGGACCUCCCCUUAUUAAAAUACACACCUAAAGAA